UGGUGUGAGCAGAAUGGGAUCACAGUCCCUACUGGACCACCAGAAUCUCUUGACCUUAACUACUGGAGACUAGCCCUGUCUGACUCUGAAUCUACCAAUUCAAAGUCAGUUGAUAGUAUAGAAUCGUGCACACCAAAGGGCGAUAAAAUCGUUCCUUUGGAGGAGGGUAGUGCUAUUGUUUCUCAAUAACAACACAAAGAAGAAGUCAAUGUGCCUGUUGUUAGUGAUGAGGAGACUUCUGAUAUUAAUGUUCUAGAGAGGUAUCAGGGCAUACUAGCAAUCUUGGACAAAGAGGAGGACUUGGCUAAAAAGUGUAAAGUAGUAGAAAAUGCAAGGCGAUUGCUAAAGGAUGAUGAAGAGGCCAGGAUCCUCAUGGGAGCCAAUGGGUUUGUCGAAGCGUUUUUGCGGUUUCUUGGAUCAGCUGUUAAUGAAAACAAUGCAGUCGCACAAGAAACUGGAGCUAUGGCUCUAUUUAACUUAGCAGUCAACAAUAACAGGAACAAAGAGUUGAUGCUGACUUCAGGGGUCAUUCCCCUGCUUGAGAAAAUGAUCUCUUGUUCCCAGUCUCAAGGGCCAGCAACUGCGUUAUAUUUAAACCUAUCCUGCCUUGAAGGAGCCAAGCCCGUGAUUGGCUCAAGUCAAGCAGUUCCCUUUUUCGUGAAUCUUCUUCUUCAAGGCGAAAAAACCGAAACCCAAUGCAAGCUAGACGCCCUUCACGCCCUCUACAACCUUUCAACCUACUCUCCCAAUAUUCCCACUCUCCUUUCAUCAAACUUAAUCAAAAGCCUCCAAGUCCUUGCAUCAACAGGUGACCACUUGUGGAUAGAGAAGUCAUUAGCCGUAUUACUAAAUCUAGCAUCUAGCCGAGAAGGGAAAGAAGAGAUGAUAUCAACACAAGGCAUGAUCAGCACUCUUGCAACUGUGCUAGACACCGGUGACACGGUAGAACAAGAGCAAGCCGUUUCUUGCCUAGUGAUCCUAUGCACGGGAAACGAGUCAUGUAUCCAGAUGGUACUACAAGAAGGAGUGAUCCCGUCUCUUGUGUCCAUCUCAGUGAACGGAAGUCCACGAGGAAGAGACAAGUCCCAGAAGCUUCUGAUGCUGUUCAGGGAACAAAGGCAACGAGAUCAACCAUCGCCAAACAGAGAUGAAGCUCCCCGGAAAACCGUAUCGGCACCAAUGUCAAUACCAGCGCCGGUUUCAGAUCCCGAGUCAGAAGUAAAACCUUUGACCAAAUCAAUCUCCAGAAGGAAAACAAUGACAAGACCAUUCAGUUUCCUCUGGAAGAAAAGCUACUCGAUACACCAUUAAGUGUAUAUAUAUAUAGAUUAGGGUGUAACAUUUAAAACCCUACUACGUAAAGUUGAUCUUUUGUUUUCUUUCAUCUUUUUACCUCUUUACAAGUCGUCUUCAUAGAGAAGAAAAAUAUGUACAGGCGACGUUGUGAUCUCACCAUUUUUGUUCACUAUUCCUCUCUCGCCAGAGGUAUACAUGUAGGAGAUAGCUUACUGAUGUAUGUAUCAGGUACCUCUAUAUAAGUUUAUAUGAACCUUUA